AUGGCAUCGGACUUCGUUCAAACUAUCUCUGAGAUCCCGUUGGACGUUUGCGACACGAUGAUGACAGAACAGGCAUUGUUCGACUUGGGGGAUUUCCACUGGGGGGAUUAUGGCAUCUUGACUUUCCGAAAUCAGGAGGGCGAGAACUACUUGUUUGCUGAAUGGGACUAUGACCUACAACUAGCUGCUACAGAUGCAACCAUGAAUUUGGAUAACACCAGUUUCGGGCUGCACAAUGUCUCGAGUACUGACGAUGAGAUCUCCCCUCUGUAG